GGAGCGGUCACAUGGUAAUAUCACAUGACCGUGACGUCCCGGAGGUCCUUUCCGAGGAUAGGAACUAGCCGCUUCUGUUUAAAGCAAGCUGCCUGGGUUUGGAACUUCUUUCUAAGGCUGGUGCAGCGGAGUGAUAUGAAUCAGCCCGACGCCUAGCGGAGGUAUCCUUUACGUGCUUUCCUGUCAGCCCGUCCCCAUAGAGACCGCCCGGAUCCAUCGCCGUGCAAUAACAUCUAAGGUCUCAGGAUAGAGAAGUAAGAAGAAGGAGAAGAAGUACUGAAAUGAGGAAGGUGAUCAGUGCGGCCUCCUAUCUGUUUAACUUCUCUAUGAAGUUCUGCUCCUCUGAUGUCUGCCUGGAGAUCAGACCUUAACGUGAACUCUGCACACGUUAGAUAAAAAAUACAACAACAAUGCAUCAUGGAAAUGGACCAACGUCGACCCCUCGCCAGUUGCAGAGGUCCAGAUCCUUCACAGGAAAUGAAGGGGAAGAAGCAACCAUGCAGACAAGUUUACCCCAGUCACCUGCUCCAUCAUUUACCCCGGCUGUUAGUUCUCCUGCACCCCAGUCACCAAGUUACCAAAUACAACAACUAAUCAUGAGCCGGAAUCCAGUGGCUGGUCAAAAUGUAAAUAUAACUUUACAAAAUGUAGGGCCUGUGGUUGCAGGAAACCAACAGAUUACACUUACACCACUGCCAAUUCCUAAUCCUGCUUCACCUGGCUUUCAGUUCAGCUCCCAGCCAAGAAGAUUUGAACAUGGUUCGCCAUCUUACAUUCAAGUUACCUCCCCAAUGUCUCAACAGGUACAGACUCAAAGCCCCACGCAACCCAGUGCAAUGCCAAUUCAAGCAUUACAGAGUGUAAGGACUGGGACUGCAGGGGCUAGUUUGAGCAUGUGCAGCCAGAGUCCUACACGUGGGUUUGUUGAUGCCAGUGUGCUGGUGAGACAGAUAAGUUUAAGCCCAUCUAAUGGAGGACAUUUUGUUUUUCAAGAAGGCACUGGUAUUGCACAAAUUGCACAGGGGGCCACAGCACAAGUACAACUUCCUGCAGGAGCGACACAGGCUACCAUGCAUGAACGCAGACUUUCCCAGCCCCAUUCUCAAACAGGUGGAACCAUCCAUCAUCUUGGACCACAAAGUCCUGUAGCAAGUGGUGCCAAUAUGCAGGCUUUAGCUACUCCUAGCCACAUAACAACUACCAACUUACCACCACAGAUAAGUAGCAUAAUUCAGGGUCAGCUAAUCCAACAGCAGCAGGUGCUUCAUGGACAGCAGCUGGGCAGGGCUAUCAGCUUUGACAGAACUGCUGGAGGGAUGAUAGCUGGAGUGGCUGGUGCAUCAUUUGGAAUGAGCACACCCCCUACUCCAACAAGUCCAUCCCGUGCUGCAGGUCCCCAGGGUCUUUCUAAUCUUCUCAUUACCACAACAGUGAGCACCACUCACAAAAAACAAAGUAAGAAGCUGGAAGAAAUCCCCCCUGCUACUCAAGAGGAUGCUCGAAUGAGGAAGCAAUGCUUGGAUCAUCACCAAAAAAAUAUGAAGGCCCUAAAGGAAAACUUUAAGGAGUAUCUGAUUGAGCUUUUCUUCCUGCAACACUUUCAGGGGAACAUGAUGGAUUUUCUGGCAUUUAAGAAAAAGCCCACCUUGGGUCUCCAAGGUUACCUUCGACAGAAUGACUUAGAUGUAGAAGAGGAAGAAGAGGAAGAGCAGUCAGAGGUUAUCAAUGAUGAGGUAAAGAUUGUGACAGGAAAAGAUGGGCAGACUGGUACUCCUGUUGCUAUAGCAACCCAGCUUCCUCCUAAUGUUUCUGCUGCUUUUUCAUCUCAGCAGCAGCCAUUCCAGCAAGCACUCACAGGGAGUGGUGCAGUAGGAGCAGCAAAUACAAUAGAUAUUGAAGCCUUUAAGAGGCAGCAAGUGCUUACACAAACAGACCCCAGUAAGAGGCCGCGCCUUGAUGUGUCUAGGCAUGGAAUGGUGUUCCAGCAUCCAGGGGUGACAUCGGGGGUGCCACUUCAGCAACUCAUGCCUACUGCACAAGGAGGAAUGCCACCAACUCCUCAGACUGUACAGCUAACAGGGCAGAAGCAAAAUCAACAGCAAUAUGAUCCCUCAAAAGGUCCACCAGUGCAAAAUGCAGCUAGCCUGCACACACCACCUCCUCAGCUCCCUAGCAGGGUACAGGCCUCUAAUAUCCCUAUUUCUUCUCUCCCUACUGCUUUGCACCUGGCACAGCAGCAGCAACAACAGCAGCAGCAGCAAAUCACUGAAACUCAAAUUCAGCCCCAAAUUCAGGUACAAGUUAAAUCCCAGCCUGCUAGUGUACAGAUCCCAGCUUCUCCACAGAAUCAAUUGCCUUCGCAGAUAUCACAGCCACUGCAAUCUGGCUUCCACACUCAGAUGCAAACCGCUGUAUCACAACCACAAGCAGCCAUUCAGCAGCAGACUGUAACUCUGGUGAGACCAGGUAUUGACUCUCCACAGCAACGCCUUACAGGCAACACACAAACCAACGCAUUUGUUGCUCCUGCAGCCAUCUCCACUGCUAACCCUAUUGCAUCCUUCUCGCUGCCAACAAACAGAGCUUUGCCUGCCACAAGCAAGUCUAUGAUAGCCUCUGUCUCCAAAGCACCAGGCUCUGCUGGAACUGCUGGCACUAAAAUUCAGGGUCAGUUACAGAUUCCGUCUGGAUUAACAUCUGAAAACUCUCAGGAUAAAUUGGCUGAGCAGGUUAAACUGGAAAACCAUGUUCAUCAACGCAUUGCAGACCUGCGGAAGGAAGGUUUAUGGUCCUUAAGAAGGUUACCUAAGAUUCAGGAGCCCUCUAGAGCAAAAUCCCACUGGGAUUACCUGCUGGAAGAGAUGCAGUGGAUGGCUGCAGACUUUGCUCAAGAGAGGAUGUGGAAACAGGCCAGUGCUAAGAAGCUGGUCAGAAAGGCAGCUCGUUAUCAUGAAGAAAAGAAGGUACAUUUUGAAAUGGCGCAGAAAGAGGAAGAAAACAAACUGAAACGUAUUGCUUCUUCAAUUGCCAGAGAAAUUGAGUAUUUUUGGUCUAAUAUUGAACAGGUGGUGGAAAUAAAGUUACAAAUGGAGUUUCAAGAAAAAAGAAGGAAAGCACUGAAUUUAAACACUGAGUCCAUGAAAGGUCCCCUGAAGGCAAUAGAAGAGGCAUGUGUGAAACAUGACAUCAGUAAGUCUCCAUGUACAUGGAGAAAGAGAAAAGCAAGUUCAUCAUGGAGUGAUGGGGCAGUUGAAGAUGAGGAGGAAACAAUUGCAGAGCAAGAGAGUAAAGAAGGAAACAUUGACCAUCAUGCUGAACUGUGUGAAUUAGCUCGGGAAGCGGAUCUACCCCUUGAUGAUUUAGUGAAGCAGUAUGAAGGGGCAUAUGAUCAGAAUUUUCACUGGCCUCAGACUUUGCCACAAAGCAAAGAAAGCAAUAAUGCAAAAAAUGAAUCUGAAGAGGCCACAAUGGAGUCAGUUGACUCUCAGAACCCCACAGUACUGAUUGACUUUCUCCCCUGCGCUGAUCAAUACCGAACAGCAGAUGUAGCAAGUUCUGGACACUUAGGCUCCAGGAAACACACAAGAGACAUUGGAGAUGUGGCUAGAGCAGCGGAACUGCUUCUUCCUAAUGGCAUUGCCCGAAUUACUUCUACAGAAAAGAAAAAUCCUCCUUGCCUUCUUCAUGGCAGUCUCCGGGAUUACCAGCAGGUUGGAUUGGACUGGCUGGAGAAGCAGUACAAAAAGAACCUUAAUGGAAUUUUGGCUGAUGAGACAGGGCUUGGGAAAAAUAUCCAAGUGAUAGCGCUAAUGGCACACUUGGCGAGCAGUGAAGGUAAUUGGGGCCCUCAUCUCGUUGUGGUGAGAAGUUGUAAGAUUUUAAAGUGGGAGCUGGAGUUUAAGCGCUGGUGUCCAGGAUUAAAACUUCUUCUAUAUUUCGGCAAGCAAAGAGAGCUCAGAAAAAAGAGACAGAAAUGGGACGAGCCAAAUAAUUUCAAUGUGUGUAUCACCUCAUAUAAACACUUAUUCAAGAGCCAUCAGACCUUCAUGAAAAAGAGGUGGAAAUAUUUGGUUCUGGAUGAAGUACAUCAAAUCAAAAACAUGACAGAAAAACACUGGGAUGCUGUCUUCAAAUUACCAAGCCAAAAUCGUCUGCUUUUGAGGGACACUCCCCUCAUGAACACAUGGAGGGAUCAUUGGACCAUGGUGCAUUUCCUAAUUCCGAAACUAUCUCAACCAUACCUGGACUUCCCACUUAAAAUUAGUACUGAAGAAAACCAAGAAAAUUGCCACAAGCUUUUCAUAACUUUGCACAGGACAGUUCGGCCAUUUAUCCUAAGAAGGUCAAAGAAGGAUGUGGAAAAGCAGCUGACUAAAAAAUAUGAGCAUGUCUUAAAAUGCCGCCUUUCUAAUCGUCAGAAAGCUCUGUAUGAGGAUGUCAUUUUACAACCAGGGACACAGGAUGCUUUGAAGGGAGGACAUUUUGUGAGUGUCCUUCAUGUUCUAAUGCAGCUACAAAGAAUAUGCAACCACCCGGAUUUAGUCGAUCCUCGUCCCGAGCAUUCUUCUUAUUUAUGUGAUACGCUCCAGUACAGGACAGCCUCUCUUAUUUUGCGGGGUUUGGAAAGAAACCCAUGGAAGAAUACAGAUAUGUCUUUGUUUGACCUAUUUGGUGUGGAGGAUAAAAUGACUCGCUAUGAAGUCCAAUUGCUUCCUGCUCAAAAAGUAACCAGAAAACAGAUGGAAGAAAUUUAUUGCUCAUCUGAGCCUACGCCUCGACCAACUCCAGUAAAAAUGAAGCCCAGCAGGUUAUUUCAGCCAGUUCAAUAUGGGCAGAAGCCAGAGGGAAGAACGGUCACAUUCUCAAAUGUUCCAUCAUCUCGCAUGGUGACUACAACUACAGCAACGGUUACUCAGCAAGGGCAAGCUAGAGGGCGUUCUCCAAUUACCACUGCCUCCUGCAAUCAGGGUGGUGACGUAGUAAAAAUUGCUCAGCUGGGAGCGAGUGGUGGAACCCAAGGCAGAAUAGCACAGCCCAAGACCCCAGUGACCCUUCAGUUUCAAGGCAACACAUUUACCCUGUCUCAAAGCCAACUCCGUCAACUUACUGCAGGCCAGCCUCUUCAGCUACAAGGCAGUGUACUUCAGAUUGUGUCAGCCCCAGGACAACCAUACCUGCGGCCUCCAGGCCAAAUGAUAAUGCAAACUGUGCCUCAGAGUGGUGCCAUCCAAAAUGCAAUAAAUGCUCUCGGGAACCAACUUCCAGCAGGCAUGUCCUGUGUCACUUCAGCCCAACAAACAGGAAUACCUGGACGAACCAUAAUGCCCCAUGGAUGUGUAGAUCCAAGCGUUGCUCUAAAAUCAUCACCUACGUCCCUAACUCCAGCUCAGGAGUUUGCAGAAGAAAAGCAGCGUUUAAUUAAAGAGCGUCUAGACCGCCUUUUCUCCUCUAAUGAGCGGAACUGCGGGCGAGCCCCGGUGUAUGGAGCAGACUUGCUGUCCAUCUGCUGUUUAAAUCCUGCAGGAGCUCAGCCUUCCAUUUCAGAAUCGCAGUGGGGCUGGGCAGGUUUUGCGAACUGUCUACGUUCUUCCCGGUUAAGUGAUGAUACCGGCGAUCCUUUGCACCAUCUUAUCCUGUCUUCUUGUCAAGAUAAGGCAGCUCAAGAAUUUCUUACAAAAAGGACACUUUGUGUGGUCCCAGCUGUGAUUUCCGCUCCGCCAGUUCUGACUAUGCCGCAUCCACCUCCUCAAUACACUCACAGUAUGAAUAUUCUGCGGGAUGGUUUGAAGGAGCAGGUAGCUCCACAUUUACAUCAUCUUCUGAAGCAAACUUCCCCUCAUUGCAUGCAGUUCCCCGAUUUAAGGCUCAUUCAGUGGGACUCUGGAAAGCUGGAUGCCCUUGCCGUCCUUCUGAGGAAGCUAAGGUCUGAAGGCCGGAGGGUUCUUAUAUUUUCCCAAAUGCUUCUGAUGCUGGACAUCUUGGAGCUCUUUCUGGACUUCCAUUCUCUGACCUUUCUGAGGAUUGAUGAAUUUGCCAGUUAUGACCAAUGCUAUGACCUUAUGAAGAGCUUUAACCAAGACCCCCGAAUCUUCUGCUUACUGAUAUCCACGCACAGCCACUCUCUUGGGGUUCCCUAUGUGGAAGCAAAUACAGCAAUAUUUUAUGACAGUGAUUUAAAUCCUGUGAUGGAUUCAAAAGCCCAAGCCUGGUGUGACCGUAUUGGCAGAACAAAAGAUGUUCACAUUUACAGGCUAGUAAGUGCAAAUUCCAUUGAAGAGAAGCUGUUGAAGAAUGGUACUAAGGAUUUGAUCAGAGAAGUUGCUGCUCAGGGAAAUGAUUUUUCUAUGGCUUUCUUAACACAGCAAACAAUUCAUGAAUUAUUUGAGCUUUAUUCACCUCUAGAGGACACAGGAUUUGGUGAGAAAGCAGAGGAGUUCAUAAUGCUCUCUCAAGAACCAUCUCAUACUGAGACAAUAGCUACAAAGUUUGCCAAACCUUUUAUAGAGGCUCUUAAAAGCAUAGAGCAUGGAGCUGAACAAGAAGAAGAAUUUUCAGAAGCAGCUGCUCUGGGGGAACAAUACAAAAAGGACUUUGCUGUAGAUGGUUGCUGCAGCUCUAUAGAAGCAUCAGAAUUAAUGGAACUGGCCGCUGUUGUGGAGCAGCUUACUCCCAUUGAAAAGUAUGCUUUGAACUAUCUGGAGGAAUUCUACACAUCCAGUGCCAAUGGAAAGGCAGAAAUAAUAGAGCAGCUAAAAUCCACCAAGUCAAAAUGGGAGGUACAGAAUUUAAAAGAGACAAAGGAGUGGGAAGAGGAAAUGGUUUUGGAGGAAUCAGGGGAAGAUCUCUUGACUUAUACAAGAGAAGAUGCAUAUAAUAAGGAGUUUAUUUAUGACAGUCCAGAUGGGCAAACUGAAAUCAUGCCAAUUUGGACUCCUCCUACCCCUCCUCAAGAUGAGAAUGAUAUCUAUAUUGAUUCUGUUAUGUGUCUGAUGUAUGACAGCAACCCUAUCCCAGAGUCUAAACUGCCCCCAGUCUAUGUGAGAAAGGAGCGUAAAAGACAUAAAACAGAUCCCGGAGCUGCAGGUCGGAAAAAAAAGCAGAGACAUGGAGAAUCUGUUGUACCUCCCCGCUCACUCUUUGAUAGAGCCACACCAGGCAUGCUGAAGGUCCGAAGGGAAGGCAAAGAACAGAAAAAGAACAUCCUUCUGAAGCAGCAAACCCAGUUUGCUAAACCUCUUCCAACUCUUGUAAAACCAGCAACAGAAUCUGGACCAGACAACCCAGAGUGGCUGAUAAGUGAGGACUGGGCUCUGUUGCAGGCAGUGAAGCAUCUCUUGGAACUCCCCCUCAACCUUACAGUAGUUUCACCAGCACAUACUCCCAACUGGGAUCUGGUGAGCGAUGUGGUGAACUCCUGCAGCAGAAUAUACCGAUCAUCCAAACAAUGCCGCAGCCGCUACGAAAACGUCAUCAUUCCAAGAGAAGAAGGAAAACUCAUGUUUGAAGCCAACCCUAAGAAGAAAACAAAAAGUAUUUACAAGACAAAGAACAGCCGUCCCCUUCGCACCAGUCAGAUUUAUGCCCAGGAUGAAGGUGUGACACACACACAACUGUACAACAAUCGCUUUGAGUUGAUGAAAAUGACUGCAGGAAAGAGAAGCCCACCAAUCAAACCAUUGUUGGGGAUGAACCCCUUCCAGAAGAAUCCAAAGCAUGCAUCUGUCCUUGCAGAAAGUGGAAUUAAUUAUGACAAGCCCCUGCCUCCAAUUCAAGUGGCAUCUCUCCGAGCCGAGCGCAUUGCCAAGGAAAAGAAGGCUUUAGUAGAGCAGCAUCACAGAGCCCAACAACAAACAGGCUCACAAACUACACAACAGUCACAGCAAAAUGGACAGCAGGCAUCGUCUCCAGUUGUCCAACCCACCCAGGCACAGCCGCAGCAAGUGGUACAGCAGCAAGUGAUUCAGCAGUCACAACCAGUGGUUCCAACAGCCACGUCAGCUGUACCAGCCACAGCAGUUCUGGCUGGAGCCAUCAAAACCGCAGUGACCGGAGCAAGUAUACAAGCAGCCGCUGUCAGUGGGAAUGGUAUCGUCAACACUGUUGCAGGAGUCCCCUCGGCUACUUUCCAGCCUAUUAACAAGAGAUUGGCAUCACCUGUCAUACCUGGAACCCUUACGGCUUCGAGUGGAUCUCAACAGGUAGUUCAUACACAACAAAGGGCUGCAACAGCCUCAGCUGCUCCUGCAGAGAUGGUCACGAUAGCAACAAACCAGGGGGUACGAGCCCUGACCCCAGUGACAGGAGGUACUGUAGUUUGCAGCAGCAUUACCCCUGCCCAGACCAGGCCCAUAGUGACGCAAGUGACAACAGCGACUACAGCCGGGGUUCAGCUGGCCAGUAAAGCAAUGACCCCUGCUCAGCUUCAGAUGCUUAGACAACAGCAGGCAGCCCAGGUUCAGGUCCCACAGAUCCAGGCUCAAACACAGUCGCCAGGGCAGAUUAAAGCUGUUGGUAAAAUAUCCCAGGAACAGCUUCUCAAGUUGCAAAAACAGAAGAUGCAGCUUCCUCAGCAGAUUACUCAGGCUACUGCUCAGCAGUCACAACCAGGAGCACCACCAGCAGCACCUGUGCAGGGCCAACAACAACCGCAGCAGACCCAAGCGCAGCAGCAAACUCAGCAGCUCGCUGCCGUCACUGCGCCAAGAGCCGGAGCUGUACUAACAGGGGCCACUGUCGCAAACCUGCAAGUGGCUCGUCUGCUUCAGACUCAAGGGCAAAUACAGACCCAGCCAGGACAAGCAGCACAAGUCACUCUGACAAAGCCUCCCGUAGUAUCUGCUGUAGUGUCAUCUGCUGGAGUCACCACUCUUCCGGUUACAGUAGCUGGAAUCAGUGUUGCUAUUGGGCAAAACCAGAAAGCUGCAGGUGGUCAGGCAGUGGUUGCUCAGCCUUUGAAUGUCCAGCAGCUUCUAAAGCUAAAGCAACAACAACAACAACAACAGCAAAAAGCUCUACAAUCCCAGGCUGCUACAGGACAAGUUGCAGUGCAACAACCAAAGAUCACAGCUCCGCAAGUAGCCAUCCAAGCCCAGCAACAACAGUCACAGCAACAGGGGCAACAGCAGAAAGUGACAUAUGCUGCCCAGCCAGCCAUUAAAACUCAGUUCCUAGCUGCCCCUAUUAACCAGGCUCAGAAGUCACCAGGAGCCCAGCAGAUGCAGGCACAGCUUCAGGUUGCAAAGCUUCCUCAGGUGGUCCAGCAGCAGACAGCAGCAGCACAAGUGGCAGUUGCAAAUAUUCCACAGAUGGUACCGGCAUCCCAGCAGGUCCCUCCACAAACCAUGACUUUGACCCAGGCAACAGCAGCAGGACAGCAGCAGGUUCAGGUAUUGCCUGCAGGUUCAGCAGCAGCCCAAGCAGUACAACAAAAGAUGGUCCAACAGCAGCAACAGGUGGUGUCGAGUGCACAACAGAUCCAGGCUUCAGUGAGUCAGAGCACAACCCCAGCACUAGGUGCAAAUGAUACACAAGCCCAGCAGGCCAAGCUGCAGGUACGAACUCCAACCGUGAGGAUAAAAGCUCCCACUAAGCCCAGCUGAAUGUCUCAACCCCAGCUUUCAAGGAUCAAGACUCCAUGGAAGUUUCACAGAAACCAAUGACAUUUUCCAUUAAGUAUAAAUAGAGCAGCGGGAACACAAAAGAAAGCUAGAAAUGUGCAUUUUGGAACAUUUCUCUUUCACGCUCAUAGAAACUGACCUUCCAAGUAGUUGUCUGGGCAGAACAAACAGAGGCCUGAUACAUGAAUAUGCAUGCUUUCAAUAUUGCAUUGGACUCAAGAGUUUUCAUUUUUACUCUUCGUCAGCUCUUGUUUGAUCCAGACCUGUAGGCUGGAUCAUUGUGAAAAGCUUCCUACAAGGGUGUCAGAAAAACAUGAAUUUGUAAAAUGUGGGGUAUAAUUCCCACCUUCAAAUUACUGCUAUACUUUGCUGUGGGCUCACAGUUUUGCAAACAGGACUUUAACUGGAAACAGUUAAAGGAUAAUUCAACCCUAAAGUAAAAAAAAAUACCCCUACCCUACGUAGACUCCUCCCCCAGCCUAGCUGCUACCCCGGGCAAAUGCCACGGAGUUCGUGGGCGCCAUCUUCUCCUCUUCGGAAAUCUUUAGAAUGAGACUGGUGUGGCAGCGCAUGUUCAGUUGGAGCAAUUUUCUGUUUCAUGAUAACGGCGCAUGCACCAAAACUCCCGAAAAUUGCUGAAGCACCUGUCUCAUUCCGAAAAUUUCUGAAGAGAAGAAGAUGACGCCCGCGAACUCCGAUGCCUGAAUUUGCACUGAGGGGUAAGUAAAACGUUAGGGAAAUUUGCCCAGGGUAACACUUAGGCUAGGGGGAGGAGUCUAUGUAGGCCAUUAGGGUUGAAUUCUCCUUUAAAUAAGAAUAACACAGUCCCUUGCAUUGCUUCAAACAAUAAUAAUGCAGAACUUAAAACAUGCACUUUCCAUUGAUGAAAUAAUAUAGCUGAAACCAUUGCCUAGGUCACAUGUAAACUAAUAUUUGUCAGAAAAGAAAGAAAUAUGAGUGUAAUUUUACUAAAGUAACAAGACUGGAUAGAUGAGGGUCCUAUACCAUCCUUUGGACUGUAUAGCCCUACCCUGCUCACAUAUUAAUUGCAGAUAGUUCCACCUUGCUCCAGUAUUUGCAUUACACAUACUAUAGAUAUUUGUAUUGAUACUACACAUACUAUAGAUAUUUGUAUUGAUACUACACAUACUAUAGAUAUUUGUAUUGAUACUACACAUACUAUAGAUAUUUGUAUUGCUUGCAAACGUGCUCAUUUUUAGCCCCUAUACCCGUCUCUGGCUAUGAUAAAUGAUAUACAAGUGACGUUCAUUUGGAUUAAAACAAAUGAGCACUAACACAUAUCAGUCUUUUUAAGAUGUUCAGUUUGUUUUCCACAUUCGCAGUCUCCAACAUUUCAUACCGAGCAGCUGUUUGUUAGAGAAAAAAAUGACUUUCAUUUGUCCAUGUUCUGUAGGCAACCGGCAGGAUGAAGUAGUGGCCUCCUGUCUAAUGGACAUUUUAUGUUCUUUGAGUUCUCGUGUACAGAUUGUUACAUGUCGAGUUUUUGAUGUAGUGAAUUUAUAACAUUUUGCACUUUUUACACUUUGUACUUCCCUCCCCCUUUCUCUCCCAUGAGCCAUGAGGACACUUUAGAUGUAAUUUAAACCCCCUCCCAUUUUCUUUUCAUUUGCAUGUAAUCCUUAGUCCAUUUUAGCUGCGGCUAAAUAUUGCACUUGGGUCAAUGAGUUUCUCCCUUAUGGCAAAUAAGCAAUGACUUAUUUCUUAAUAAGGAAUGUCUGGGCAUUCUUAACUGUAGUCUUGAAUACACCAGGCAAACACUACUUUAUCCAAUUGGCCCUUCAGUAUAUUGAAAUAUUAUUAUCAAUUUGAUAAUAGGUAAAUCUAUCAAAAGUGUUGCAGCCUUUAGCUGUUGCCCUUAUUUGUUUUACUUUAAAAGUAAAAAUAGGGGUAAAUCAGUUAUGGGCACCCUGCGGCCCUCCUCACAUUCAAUUCCCCGUACCCCGUGACAGCCUUGCUACCCUCCUCCCCAUUUCUUGUAAACCUUAUGACUGUAGAUGUGCGGCGUGAAAUGUAAUACGUAGUAGAUGAUGUCAAUGUAUGUAACACUGCAAUAUCCUAGACUUGCCAGUCACUUGUUUGAAGAACUGACAACCACAUCAUUGGGGCUCAUUUAUAAACACUGGGCAAAUUUGCACCUGGGCAGUAACCCAUGGCAACCAAUCAGAUGUUUGCUUUCGCUGUUCAACCUGCAGCUGGCUGAAAAAAAAGCUUAUCACUGAUUGGUUGCUAUGGGUUACUGCCCAGGUGCAAAUUCGCUCAGUGUUUAUAAAUGAUCCCCACUGUUGAGAGGCUAAAAUUUCUUCUACCCAAGUCACGGACCAUGGCACUUUAGUAAAAGGAUAUAUUUAAGUUGAAUUAAUAGAAAUUCAAAUGAAGUAUGUUGUACAUCUUGUCCCCAUGUAACCUGCUUUUAAAAGUGUUAUUGCUUAUGCAUGGAUGUCUGUAAUGUUGUGUCACUGUUGUUUUUUUCCUGUUUGCCAAUGUCAAUGUUUUUGUUACAUAUAAAUAUAUAUAUAGUUUUAUAUAUACACAGGCUCGGAUUUUGGGCUUUGGCACCCCUAGGCCACUAGGUCCUAGCAUCACCACAAAUCCGGGCCUGUAUAUAUACACACACACAUGUAUUAUUUAAAAUAUGACCCCCCCCUUGACUUGCUAGAGGCACUUGCAUCUGUUUGUUACGUGUCUGCGGCUGUGAGAAGGAUGAAGGUCGGAGCUUUUGAACCAUACUGAGUUCAACAUGUAAAUAGUUUGUGAAGACACAUUUGUACGUGUUGUAGAACCAUAGUGAGUCAUGCAUUGCAUAUUGCCAGUGUAAUAAAGGAGACUUUUUUUU